AUGAGCCCUGCCCUCCUGCUGAUCCUCCAGGGCAUCACCCUCCUGCUGCCCCGAGUGCAGGGCCUGACCUGUCAGUCGGGGAGAGGUCAGGCUGUGAAGAAUGUAUCGGAAAUGCCGCUCCAGUGGACGGUGACUAAUCAGCAAGCCUGUGAGGACGGCUGGGGUUGUCAAGACACACUGAUACUCACUGUGAAUGGACCCCAAGUGCAUCUGGUGCUCAGCAAGGGCUGCACCCCGGAGGAAGAUCAGGAGGUCCUUGUCACCCAGCACAGGGCAGGCCCGGGCAUCUCCAUCGUCUCCUACACCCGUGUGUACCGCGAGAGUGACUUGUGCAACAACAUCUCCAACACCUUCCCUCUCUGGGACUUGCCUCCCACAACAGUCCCAGGGUCCCUGCGGUGCCCAGUCUGCUUGUCCACAGAAGGCUGUCUGUCUGCAACAGAGCUUCCCUGCCCUGAGGGGAGCACGCAUUGCUACAACGGGAUCCUACUUAUCAGGGGAGAGGACGUCUCCACCAACCUGAGAGUCCAGGGGUGCACAUCCCAAGCAGGCUGCAACCUGCUUAAUGACACUCAAAAAAUCGGGGCCCUGACUGUGAGCGAGAACUGCGAUCCUAAAGCUCUUCUGACCUGUCAACGGGGGGUCAUGUUGAGGAUACAGCAAAACUCGGCUCAGACACCCAUCGAAUGGACCGCCAGUGGUCACCAGACGUGUGAUGCUGGGGAGAUGUGUCAGGAGACACUUCUGCUCGUGGACGUAGGAUCCAGAUCACUCACAGUGGGGAGCAAAGGCUGCAGCAAGAUGAGCACACAGGAUUCCCCAACUGUCACCGUCUACACGGGUCCCCCCGGAAUGCUCGUUGCCUCCUAUGCCCACUUCUGCUCCUCCAGUGGGUGCAACAGAGCCAACAGCAGCAGUGUCCUGUUGGAUGCCCUGCCCCGUCCAGCUGCCCCUGUCCUAGGAAACAUGCAGUGUCCUGUCUGUGUGGAGUUGUUUGGAUCCUGCCCACAAAACUCUGAAAUUGUGACCUGCCCUAGAGGCACCACUCAUUGUUACCGUGGUUCCAUUGAUCUCAGUGGAGGUGGGUUCUCCUCCUCAGUGAAUCUUCAGGGCUGCAUGGUGAAACCUUCCAAAUAUUUGUUGAAUCAUGCCCACAAUAUUGGAGUCUUCUCUGUGAUUGAGAACUCUGGGUAUGAGAAUGAGAAUCAGCCUCCUCUUCAAGACAGAGCUGCCCGUACCUCCUACGUGGCUUUGGUGGCAGGGAUGGGGUUAUCCCUAGCCCUUUGGUGUGGGGUGCCCUCCCUGUUGACCCCAUUACCCUUGAUUCUUAGCCCUUGCUGA